AUGCAGCGUCACCAGCAGCACCCACUCGAGACGCCUCGGUUGAAGGUCGUUGGCAGUAGCCAACCGAAGCUGGUUCACACGCCCUCCCAGCAGUCAAUUGCCGCUUCGGACGACUACUACUCCUUCUCAGAUCUGACUUCCCACUCCAACGCCAGCAGAGUCACCGUGGUUCCCUACCAGACAGCACCCUCCAGACACCCAUCCCCAGACCGCCGGCAGACGCAGGCGCAGGCACAGGCACAGGCACAGGCAAAUAUACAAACACAAGAUAUGCCUAGACCGGCCAGAGUGGUCAACAUGAGCUCCGCAGCUCGAGCAGAGAGCGGCACGCCGACCCCAGGCACCGAUGACUCGCCUUACAUUCGCUUUGCCAUCGACCAAUUGACUAGAGACGAGGAACUUACGGGUCACGGACGCCAUGGGUCUCUGGCUACUUCUGCCGACUAUCCGGUGGAGCGUUUGGUUCCAGAUGAGGGCCUUGGUUACUACACCAACAGCACAGCACCGACCACUACUAACAACAACGACGUUGAUGAUGUCCGGAAAACGCAUACAAAUACCAAGAAGGAAAUUAACGACCAUAGUAAUGAUAACAAUAAUGAUAAUGAUAACACGGAAAAACCUUCAAAGACUGGGAUCUUCCUGGCGGUUGACCCCCCGAGCAACGCGCCGCUCACUUUCGUUCCCCACGUCCUCCAACCGGUCUUGCUUGGUCCCGGUAUUCUACUCACCCUUAGUAUGGCUGCUGCUCUCGCCUUCUUCAAUAUCUGGUCCUCGAGGAAUGACGGAAUAGCAGCAUACGUCUACUUUGGCGGCUCGGAGUACUUCCUCUUCGAGUUUCUACCCCAGAUUGUCGGUAUGAUAUUCGUGCUCUGGAUUUUCGUUCUGCAGGCGGCUAUCUACCGCAUAGCUCCUCUCUCCGGUAUAGCCCGUUCCCGGACGGCCAGGGAUACCACAUUUCAGCGGCUGUCCAUGCUGCCUAGGAAUUUUGUUUUGCCGGAUCUCUCGCACUUUUCCUACGGUGAAUUCGUCGUGGGUGUUUGUCUGCUCAUUUUCUGGCUUGUUAAUUGGUUUACCGUGCCUCUUUUGAGCUGCCUAUUCCAACCUCGCUUCUACGGUACUGUCCAAGAGGGCGGUUUCCGCUGGGUUAGCGUUCAGGGAGUUGGUUGGAUGCUUGUCGCCCUCUACGCUAUUCUUGCCUUGGCUCUACUUGCCAUCCUGGCUCGUUUUGGCUUUGGCACCAGUGGCCUGCAGUGGGAUCCCGUAAGCCUGGCGGACGUUAUCCCACUCAUCCAGCGGUCAAAUGUGCUACACGAUUUCGACCAGUCAGAGGUUACCCCAAACGUAGCUGGUCAUCUCCCCCCCAGAAAGCUGCGUCUGGGCUACUGGAAGUCUUCUGCUACCCCAGAAGAUACCUUCUAUGCCUUGGGUCAGGAGGCUGCACCGUUGAAGAGAGUAUCUUCUGUUGACCGUUUGCUGGAAAAGGGCCAUAGCCAUAGAAGAAGCAAUAGUAGCACCAGCAACCCCAAUAUCGAUUCAAUCGACCUCGAGCGACAGGACCUUCAUAGUAAGGACUCCUUCGAAAGAAGCCUGCACUCGCCCUUCUUUCGCUAUAGAUGGGCCCCCUGGUUCCUCAAGGACACUUUUGUGGUCGUCUGGAUCGUCAUUGCUCUCGUUCUGCUUGUCGCCUUUAUCACCGUCAGCUUCGUCAAUCGCCCGUUGGAGCGAGGUUUCCUGCCUCUUCUGCCUACCCUUCCGUCUGCCUAUGGCUUCUCCUCGUCUAACUUUCUCUUCAGCUUCAUCCCGGCCUUGCUCGCAAACUUCCUUUUUCUUGCUUGGCAGCCCAUUGACGUCUACUUCCGCGCCGCCCAGGCCUACGCUGACCUCUCUUCCCCCCGCGGCGCCUUCGCGGAGAAAUCUCUCCUGCUUUCCUACAAUGCCUGCCUGCCCCUGGAAACCACCUUCCACGCUCUCGUCGCCGGCCAUUACAAAGUAGCCUAUAUCUCCUUCGUCGGUGUCGCCUCUCUUGCGCUGCCCGUCCUUGCUGGCGGUGUCUUCAUGGCUCGCUUCUACGCUGAGCUCGAGCAAGUGCGCAUCUCCUCUUACUUCCCGGCCUACUAUACCCUCAUCGGAUUUGCCAUCCUGUACGCUUUUUCCUUCCUUACUAUCUGGCCCCGUCGCAAACGCUAUCUCCCUCACCCGCUAUACACCUACGCAGACAUCAUCAGCUUCCUCUACCGGAGCCCCUUACUUGUCGACAAAGUCUUUCGUGCUCCCCGAACAAAGACGGACCUUAUCACUCGUACCAUCGUCGCGCCGCCUGGUGAGAGCCACAAGGCACUGUAUGCCUUUGGUGUCUUCUACGGCCAAGACGGUAAGAGCCAUCUUGGAAUUGAUCGUCUGAGAAGACUUGAAGGAGACGAGUAA